AUGACGCACAUCGCUGAUUUCUUUAGUGUGCCGCAACCUCCUCGACACCCUGAAAGGGAAUGGAUACGAGAAAAUCAAGGUGCUACCGGGCGCUUACGACCGAGGAGGGAAGAUUCUGGGUCCUCCACCGAAGACGCGACAAUCGCUCGUCUCCCUGUCGGGGAUGGGAGUGUCCGAGAUGGUACCGAACACGCCUCCUCUUCCGGGCAGGUCGACUUCUCAUGGGUUGCGGACGAGCCCUUGGAGGAGGAAUCAGACUUCUGUGACGAGGCCGUCAUUGCCUACGCUAUGGUCGAGACCAUAAGCCGGGAGGAUCCACCGAACUGGUAUUGCUGCGCCCCCAAGGAAGAAGACCGCAUUUGCCAUCAUUUCCCGGGGAAGCAGUUCACCAUGUAUGAAUUUGCUUUCCGUGAGGCGGGGAUUAGACUGCCCUUCAACUCCUUCCAGAUGUCGGUCUUCAAGUGGCUUCGGCUGGCGCCGUCCCAACUACAUCCUAAUGCUCUCGCAUUUAUGCGGGCAUUCGAGUUGGUUUGCCAGUUCCUCGGCAUUGGUUGCACCCGGGCUCUCUUCUUCCACGUUUUCCAUCUCCAGAGGUCCGGUUCCCGUGGUCGCCACAGUUGGGUUUCUUUCAAGCAGCCCGUGCGUCUGUUCAAGACGUACGAGGAUUCUGUUCGCCAUUUCAAAAACCGGUGGUACGUGGUGAUGCCGAUUACCCGGGCUGCCCUUCACUCUCUAUACUACUAUCAACGGACACCCAAUGGGGAGGAGACGCUGAUGUCGAAGAUACCGCUGAGGUGGCAGCGCGAUCAUUUCGAUCUCUCCACGGCGCAUUACCGAGUCAAGUAUGCGAUGCUCGGCGAGGAGGAUAGGCUCGCGUACAAGAAGCUGGUCGAUUACGUGCAGAGCUUCAGCUUGGGGUUCUGGGCGAAUCGACAGGGCGUGCCCUACCUGGAUGAGGCCGGGGAACUAAUCACCGAGGCGCGUUAUAUCAAUACGAAGGCUCUGCUCGAGUGUGAUACCGAGGAGGAAGCUCUGGCGUUAUUGAGUGCCAUGCCCAAUGCUCGUGAUCGGGUGCUGAAGCUAGCGAAUCAGGUCGGCGCUCCUGACCGGGUGCCCAAGAAGAAGAAGAAAACUGUGGCCCGUCCCUUGGAGACUGCUGGCGAUGCCGGGGCUAGUCCCUCGCAGGCGGCGAGCGUGAUUCCUUCCUCUCCUCCUCGAUCUAACCCGAUCAACAUUCCUGAUAGCAGUCCGUCGCCAGCGGCUUCUCCCCUCCAUAAACGGAAGCGUCCGGCUGGGGCCCUUACCAGGUCGUCUCCAGGAAGUUCGCAUGGACCGGGCAGCUAUCUUCUACCUCCCUGCUAUGUGGAACGGUCGUUCUUCAAGGCCGAGGAGUCGAUUGCUGUGCCUGCGCCUGAGGCCAAGGCUAUUCUGGACCAGGAUGUUGCUGCCCGGAGGAAAGAUCUGGCCAGGGAUAUUGCUGCUGUCAUCCGGGUGAUGGAGACGGCCAUGGUUUUGACCGACACUUCGGUCUCCACCGCCUCGCUGGAGGAUGCCCUUUUGCAGGUUCGGACGGAGAAGGAAAGACUAUCUCAAGAUCUGUCGGACUACAAAGAAGAGCAUCAGCUGCAGGAAGGGCUGAGCCAGAAGCUGGAGGAGGUGGAAAAGGAGAGGGACCAGUUGAAGGCUGCUAAGGCGAGCUUGGAAGAGCAGGUGGUCGACCAUCAGAAGCUGACCGAGGACAACGCUUGCCUACGGGCUCAGGUUGAGUCUCUCGAGGGAAAGGUCCGUCCUCUGGCAGAUGAGACCGAGGAGGAACGCGCCCUUGGUUCGCGCGGUGAGCUGCUAGGGCAUAUUCGGACUCUCAACCAAGAUCUCGUGGCCUGCUUCAAAGAGGGUUUCGACAAUGCUGUCGAGCAGCUCGGGCUUCUGAACCCUGAGUUGGUGACAGUAGGGUCGGCCUAUAACUGCUGCGUCCGGGACGUUAUCAUGGCCUGCGUGCCUUAUGUAUUUGGCCUUCGGGCGUUGUAA